GCCUUCCAUGACCACUUCAUCUGCAUCUAUGAACUCUAGUCAUUAUUACCUUGUCAUGAUAUAGACCGUAACUGCAUCUUUCUUCGUCCUCUAGAUCAUUCCUCGUCAUCAAUACACCUGGGCAAUUUCCCUUAUCAUUCAACUUCAAACAUCUGAAGACAGCAGCGAUCUUUUGUCAAGCUAGGAAUUUAAAUCAUCUCCAUCCAACUUCAUCCUUAACUAUGGCGUCUCUCUUUAAAAGCGCCCAUGUCUGUGCGCCUGUGAUAGUACGCGUGACAUCAGCUUCCAUCGCUCAUCGCGCUUUCAGCACAACAUUCACGAUGUCCUAUAUCAUCGACUCACAACUCCUCUCACAAGUCACCGACGCAGAGAAGAGAAUCACCAAGAAAGACGGCCCAGUAUCGCAAGGCCCGACAGCUCGUGUCCAGUCGCACGUACACAAAGAGCUCACCGCUGAAAUCAUUCGUGAGGUGACAGAGGCCGAAAAAGCACUUACCGGAUCCGUUGGUCCAAACCAGGGAGGCCCGACGUCCGUCCUGCAGCGCGUUCUCACCACUGGUAGCUUAGGUACGAAGCCCAACAGUAAUGGCAAUGCAACAGCCAACUCCUCCAAUCCCUCCGAGGACCAUUCUGGCACUCUCGACUCAGCCACGUUGUCCAAGAUCACUGCUGCCGAGAAGAAGAUCACUGGCGAGGAUCACGCCGUGAAGGAUGGCCCUACUGCGAAGGCACAAUCGCAUGCCAAGGAGCCAAUCACGAGCCAGGUCCUCCACGAUAUCACUGAGGGCGAGAAGAAUAUCACUGGAGGUGAACGAGUCAAGGGAGGGCCAACGUCCACUGCUCAAAGCGAGUUGGGCAAGAGCAGAAGUUGAGUUUGAAAGCGCGCCACGAACCGAAAGUCGCCGAUAACAUGUUCGGAAUCCAUCUUGUAAAAAUACGAAUGAACGAACGCAUUAUGCAAGGUUGCCGGGAGCAGGGAGUCGAUUGGUUCUGCGAGAAUUAUCAGCAAUUUUUAUUAGAGAGUAAAUUUGUAAAUUAAGAGUAUUGCCAAUUCAUAAAAGAACAAAGCGGCUUUCCGGUGCGGCAUGUGUACGUGUGCCAAUCAAGGAGCCUACAUCAAAUAGCUCACGCAUCGUUCGAUGGCAAAUCCCAAUCAAGAUCCAUCGCUCGGUCCUACAGAACGAAAUGCUUUGAAAGUGUAGUAUACACGAGAUAGCAACUGGCUGAGUCAUCUGUAGCCUUUUCAAGGUUCUUUCGGACGAGCGAUCGCGUCUACAUCGGCGCGUUUCAAGGUCGUGAUCUUCUUGACCGGAUGCUGAGUCUUAUCACUUGCGACAUUGUUGAUUGGCA